AGCUCUGUGCCCGUCCCUGGAGCCGCCUGCCACCAGCCAAACCGCCCUCUUCAUGGAAAGCCCCGAGCAGCGGCCCCCUGGUGAUGGCAUCCGACAGUGACGUGAAGAUGCUGCUCAACUUCGUGAACCUGGCGUCCAGCGACAUCAAGGCGGCCCUGGACAAGUCGGCGCCGUGCCGCCGCUCCGUGGACCACCGCAAGUACCUGCAGAAGCAGCUCAAACGCUUCUCCCAGAAGUACUCCCGGCUCCCUCGGGGCCUCCCCGGCAGGGGCGCCGAGCCUCACCUGAAGAGGGGCCCUGAGGACCAGCCCGGGAGGCUGCCUCUCCACUCUGGCCCCGAUGCCAGCCCCGGCGGGGGUGGGGGCUUCCAGGAGAAGGCUCUGGGGAACCCCUACGGGGAGGAAUGUCUCGCUAAGGAGCAGGCCCUGCAGGGGCAGAAUCCAGAAGCUGCCAGGCCUGGCCAGGUGCCCAUGAGGAAAAGACAGCUGCCCGCUUCCUUCUGGGAGGAGCCGCGGCCCACACACAGCUACCCCGUGGGGCUGGAGGGGGCCCUGGGCCCUAGGGAGGGACCUCCCUGCGAGGGCAAGAGACGCUGCCAGCGCGUGGAGCCCGCGGGCCCUGAGACGGCCCCGGUGCCGCUCAAGAUGCCGGGGGUCUCCCUGGCGGGCCGAGUCAACGCCUGGAGCUGCUGCCCCUUCCAGUACCACGGACAGCCCGUCUACCCAGGCCCUCCGGGGGCCCUGCCGCAGAGCCCGGUCCCCAGCCUGGGCCUGUGGAGGAAAAGCCCGGCGUCCCCCGCGGAGCUGGCCCCCUUCUGCAAGGAUGUGGACGGCCUGGUGCAGAAAGUGUACAGACCCGUGGUCCUGAAGCCCAUCCCCACCAAGCCCGCAGUGCCCCCGCCCAUCUUCAACGUCUUCGGCUACCUCUAG